CCCAGCGACCGGCUGGGGCUUGGGAAAGCGAGUUUGGCAGGACGGGCAAGUAACCGGGUUCCGGGGCUGGACUCGGAUCCCCGCCCCCGCAGCCCCACCCGAGCGCAACGCGUCCAGGCAGCCGCGGCGGGAGCGGAGCAGGGGCAGCAUGGGGGUCACGCUGGGGUACUGGGACAUCCGCGGGCUUGCUCACGCCAUCCGACUGCUUUUGGAAUACACGAGCACUCCCUAUGAGGACAAGCAAUACUGCGCCAGCGGGGAAGGUCCUGAUUAUGAUAUAAGCCAAUGGACUAAUGAGAAAGAGAAGCUGGGACUGGAUUUCCCGAACCUCCCCUAUCUCAUUGAUGGCCAGACAAAGCUCACGCAGAGCAAUGCUAUCCUCCGCUACAUAGCGCGCAAACACAAGAUGGCUGGCGAGAGCGAGGAGGAAAUACAGAGAGUGGACAUGCUGGAGAACCAGGUGAUGGAUUUCCGCCUGGCCUUUGCAAGGAUCUGCUACAACCCUGACUUUGAGAAACUGAAGCUGGAGUACUUGGAGCAGCUGCCUGGGAAGCUGAAGCUGUUCUCCCAGUUCCUGGGGGACAGGAAGUGGUUUGCUGGGGAGAAGCUCACCUAUGUCGACUUCCUCGCAUACGACGUCCUGGAUCAGCACCGCAUGUUCACGCCCAAGUGCCUGGAUCAGCUGAAGAACCUGAAGGAUUUUCUUGACCGAUUUGAGGCCCUGGAGAAGAUCACUGCCUACAUGAGUUCUGGCCGCUACAUGAAGGUUCCCAUUUUUUGGAGAACUGCCCAGUGGAGCAACAAAAAGGAGUAGGCUCAACUGGAGCUCAGCAAACUUCAAACAAUUCUCUUGGCAUUGACCCACUGCAGCAUCUGAGAAGAAGAUGGAGACCCCUGGGACCCCUCUAACUUGCAAAGUCCCCUUAAACAGCAAAUCAGUAAUAGCUGAAAUCCCCAAGCCCUGUCAUAAUCCUUCCCACUAAGCUAGCUGUGCGAUUUCCCAGUUACUGGCUAAUGAAAACAUUUUGGUGACUGUA